AUGGCAGAGCCGUCGGUGGGUGCAAAAAUGGCGUCAGUUGUCCGGGUUCGAUCCGCGGGUUUGGUUCUGUUGAGCGCCUGUUUGGUAUUAAUUGCGCCGACGCGCGUCAUAGCAGGCGGGUUGGAGGAGACGGUGAUUAUCGGACUGCGCCUGGAGGACACGGACGACAUAUCGUUCAUGGAUAAAGGAUAUCUGAGAGUCAGCGAGCGCUCUAGGGUUAAAUUGCGGGUUUUUGGGCAGAACAUCAACAACGAGACCUGGUCCAAAAUCGCGUUUACUGAGCACGAACGGAGCCGAGACAGUUCGGGUGAUAACAAGAGCCACGAGGAGACCCCUGGCUUGCACCCGUGUGGCAUCAGGACUUCGGAUAUCCUCAUUUUGCCUAAUAUCGUGUUAAACCGCAAGACUUCUGGGGUUGUCGAGAUCGAGGUCAAGCCGUUAAGGAAGACCGAAAGGAGCAAAGCUUAUUACUUGUGCGUUGCCACGUCCACGCCGGCUGGAACGCACGACCCGUGGACGGAGAGCACCUGGAUAUACCACGAAGGCGAUGACACCAAAGUGAUCGUCGUGGAAGAAAAGAAGUUCCUCCUGCCCUUCUGGCUUCAAGUCAUUUUCAUCUCCAUGCUUCUGUGCCUCUCUGGUAUGUUCAGCGGAUUAAACCUUGGUUUGAUGGCGCUGGAUCCGAUGGAGCUGCAGAUCAUCCAGAACUGCGGCACCGAGCGCGAAAAGAAUUACGCACGCAAAAUCGAGCCUGUGCGCAGCCAAGGGAACUAUUUACUCUGCUCUCUUUUGUUGGGAAACGUCCUAGUCAACACGACUCUCACCAUCCUGCUCGAUGAUAUCGCAGGAAACGGUCUGAUCGCGGUCGUUAUGUCGACGAUCGGCAUCGUCAUCUUUGGAGAGAUCGUCCCACAGGCUAUAUGCUCGCGUCACGGACUCGCCGUCGGUGCCAAUACCAUCUUUCUGACCAAGUUCUUCAUGCUCUUGACGUUCCCCGCGUCGUACCCGGUCAGCAAGCUGCUCGAUUACUUGCUCGGACAGGAGAUCGGCACCGUGUACAACCGUGAGAAACUUCUGGAGAUGCUGCGCGUCACCGAUCCCUACAACGAUCUGGUCAAAGAGGAGUUGAAUAUCAUCCAGGGCGCCCUGGAGCUGCGCACCAAAACCGUCGAGGACGUGAUGACUCCACUGCGCGACUGCUUCAUGUUGGCAGCAGAUGCCACCCUGGAUUUUGCCACCGUGAGCGAGAUCAUGGAGAGCGGCUACACGCGCAUCCCGGUGUAUGAAGAGGACCGAUCCAAUAUCGUGGAUCUGCUCUUUGUCAAGGACCUGGCUUUUGUGGACACGGACGACUGCACGCCGCUGAAGACGGUCACCAAGUUUUACAGCCACCCGCUGCAUUUCGUGUUCAAUGAUACCAAGCUGGAUGCGAUGCUGGAGGAGUUCAAAAAAGGUAAGUCUCACCUGGCGAUAGUUCAGAGGGUCAACAAUGAGGGGGAAGGGGAUCCAUUCUAUGAGGUGCUUGGCAUCAUUACCUUAGAGGACGUCAUAGAAGAAAUAAUCAAAUCUGAGAUUCUGGAUGAAACAGAUUUAUACACCGACAACAAAACAAAAAAGAAAAUCACCCAUCGGGAAAGGAAGCAGGAUUUCUCGGCCUUCAAACCCACAGACAAUGAAAUGAAGGUUAAAAUAUCACCGCAGCUUCUACUGGCUACUCUGCGUUUCCUAGCAACAGAGGUGGAAUCGUUUGGCCUGGUCCACAUGUCUGAGAAGAUUCUGCUGAGGUUGCUGAAGCACCCCAACGUCAUCCAGGAGCUUAAGUUCAACGAGAAGAACAAGAAGGCUGUAGAACAUUACCUUUAUGUCCGCAACAAGCCUGUGGAUUACUUCAUCCUCCUCCUGCAGGGGAAAGUGGAGGUGGAAGCAGGGAAGGAUGGGAUGAAGUUUGAAUCUGGAGCAUUUUCAUCAUACGGGAUGAUGGCCCUCACUGCUUCUUCAGUUUCUCACUCCCUUUCACGCAAUUGUGGGAUCAGGAGGUCUGAGUCAAUUGGAGGAUCUCCAGAGAACAUGUCUCCUCCUCGGCCAUAUGGACUGAACCACUCUGACUCUCUGAACCGGAGUGACCGCAAUGAAGCCAUUAAUCCCCCACUGGGCAGCAGCAACAACCAGCUCAACUCCUUUCUGCAGAUCUACGCACCAGACUACACGGUCCGAGCAAUCACAGACCUGAUAUAUGUCAAGGUAACCCGCCAGCAGUACCAGAAUGCCCUGAUGGCAUCACGCAUGGAUAAGACGACACAGACAUCGGACAGUGAGUACACCAAAAUUGAACUGACUCUUAGCGACCUGCACGAUGGUGUGACUGAAGAGACGGCCAUCCUGCUUAACCAGACACAAAACUGUGUGGCCCACAAAAAGGUGAAUCACACAGCACAACACGAGUGUGCUGUCUAGCCCCCGUUGGGGUGGUUGGAGGUUUGGGUAAAAAAAAUUAGCUGCUUUUGUUUUUGUUUACCUCCACACCUCUGCCACCCCCUGUAAUAACCGGACUCAGAGCUGCAAUAGGCUGCUAAAACAUCGCCUGGGGUUUUUGGACCAAGUAAUUGGACUGGAACAGCUGGUUCAGUUCCACACAGCCUGCUGUGUACCUGUCCACCAGACCAAAGAGUUUGGGGUUUGGACACCCUCUCUGCUCUGUCACAUACUCCACCACUGUCCUGUUAAAGGUGCCAGGAAGGAUUCUGGGAUAGUGGAAGACCACUAGUGAAAUAGACUUUUCUCCUUCAUCAGUAAUACGGUGAGUCAAUGACUGUGCCAAAUACAAUUUGAAGGAAACCAUGAACUGUUUACCAAGUGCAUUUUCCUCCUGUAUUUAUUUAUUUUAUACAUUGUAUAUAUGUAUGUGUGCAUGUUUGUGGAUAUAACUAUGGGCACAUACCAAGAACACACCUUUGUAAACUUUAGCAGCAUGUGUGUACUGUAUAUGUCGUGUGUACUGUGCCUGACUGAGUGUGAAUAUGCCAUGCACAUGGUAUAUACAUAGUUACAAAUACUGUUUGUGUAUUUUUGAAGGUCCUUUACAUAUAUAAAUAUUGCAGAUUGUUAUUUUUACUAUUCUAAAUCAGGCCUAUGGUACAGAAUAUUUGACUUUUUUUAAAAACAAAAUCACAUUAUUGCCUUAAAGAAUCAUAUUAAUUUUUUAACAAGUGCAAUGAACCAUAUUUCUAUUUAAAAGAUGAUUUAUUGAUUAAAAUCAGUUUAUUGUA